UGAGCUGAAAAUAGUCAGCAGAUAUUAGAAGAAUAAAAAUUUAUAUUAUUUUUGUUUUUCAUUCAACAAAAAAAAAAUAAAAAAAAACAUAAAAUUCUUUCAGACACAGUCUAAAAGACAACGUUGAACUUUAAGCUUCGUUGAAUUCGAAAUAUUCGUUAAAGAAAAAUAAAUAAAUCUACUUUAUUUAAUUUCUUUCGGUUUCUUACUAGUAACUUCAUAAUAUUUUAUUAAGUGUAAUUUUAAAUAAUUAAAAAUAGUAGCAUUGAUUUUAUUAUUUAUUUUUUUUAUUAAAAAAUUUUAAGGGCAAUAAGCGCCUUUAUAUAGGCAAUAAAUAAAAUCACGUUAUAAGCAAAAUGUAUACAUUUUAAAAAUUUGUGAUAAAAAUAAAUAAUUUUAAUAAUAAUAAAAUUAGAAAAAUUUAUUAUUUAUAAUUUUAUAAUAUUAGAUUUAGUUUAUAAACAUCAUUUAUUUAUGAGUGUAUAUAAAUGUACGUACGUGUACGAAUACAGUUUGCAUAAAAUAUAAGACAACGGCUUUAUGUCACUAACAAAAUAUUAAAUGUAAAUUAUUUUUGUGGAAUUUUAACACAGGGUUAGGAAUUAAGCACUUAAAGAAAAAGUAUAGUUAAAUAUUAUUAAAUACACAGAAAAGAAAAAUAUGGAAAAAAAUUAAAAAAAUUAAUAAAAAUUAAGAAAAAAGCAAAAAUCAAAUUUAAAAAUAAUGAACCUAAGAACGUUAUAACAUAAAAACAUUGUGCUUAGCUUCAAAUAAGUAUUUUUUUAUUUUUAAAUAAGAUAACCUUUUGUUUCAAAGAAGAAUAAUAGCAACAAAAAGGUUUAAUAGUAUAAUAUACCUACAUAUAACUAAACAUAUUUACGUAUAUAAUAUGCAUAUAGUGAUUAAAUUUAAUUUAAGAAAAAAGUCAAUGAAAUCCGGUUCCUAUAUCAAUUGAAAAAUUAAUUCAUAUUACAAUUUUAAUAGUAUAUACUAUAUAAUAUUAUAUUUAUUAGUAUAUUUUUAUACUAGUAUAUAUAUGUAUAAUAUAAUAUAAUUAAAUUAUAAAAAAGUGUAAAUAAAUUUAAAUAUAUGGGAAAAAAUGGAGGGUUAAUAUACUCCCAAGUAGAACAAAAUCCAGAAUAAAAAAAAAAACAAAAUCCAGAACAAAAAAAAAAAUAGAAGGAAAAAAAUAUUGUUAUAUUUUUGCUAACUUAAUAAUUUAAACAUAAGUUAUAUAAUAAGUUAUAUAUUAAUAUAACUAUCAUAUUUUAAUUAUAAUAUUUAAAACUAUACAGAAACAGAUUAAUUAUGUUUGGAAUCAAAUAUUUAACUGAAGCCCAUUUAAAAGGCUUUGAAAAAUAUAAAUAUAGUUGCAUAGAUACGAGCUACCUCAGUCGAUAUAUUAUGCACCCAUUUUGGAAUUGGUGUGUUCAGUUUUUUCCAACAUGGAUGGCACCGAAUCUCAUAACUUUCUCAGGAUUUUUAUUAAAUGUAUUAACAUUUUUAAUGAUUGCAUAUUUUGAUUGGAAUUUUACAGCAGCAAAUAAUUUGGAAAAAAAUCCAUAUCCGAUACCAAGAUGGGUAUGGCUGGUAGCGGCGAUAUCAGUUUUUGUAGCUUACACCUUAGAUGGAAUUGAUGGGAAACAAGCUCGUAAAACUGGAACUAGUGGACCUCUUGGUGAACUAUUUGAUCAUGGUUUAGAUUCAUAUUCAACAAUUGUGAUAGCAUUAUAUAUGUUUUCAUUAUUUGGUACAAUUGAUUUACCACCAAUCAGAAUGUAUAUGAUUACAUAUCUUAUAUAUCAAAAUUUUUAUUUGUCACAUUUUGAAAAAUAUAAUACAGGUGUAAUGUUUCUACCAUGGGGGUUUGAUUUUACAUUAUGGGCGGUAACACUUACACUUUUAUUAACAUAUUUUGUUGGACCAUGGAUAUGGCGUUGUCAAUUACCAUAUGGUCUAACAACGGCAAAUGGUUUUGAAAUUGUUAUGUGGAGUACAAGUUUACUGAGCAAUCAUCCGAUUGUUGCAUUAAAUAUAUACAAGUCUUAUGUAAAUAAAACUGGUAAAAUGAGAUCAUUUUUUGAAGCUGCACGACCAUUAUUUCCAUUAUUAUGGCUUUGUAUUAUAACAUUAAUUUGGAUUUUUGGUUCACGGAAUUCAAUUAUUGAUUUAGAGCCAAGAAUGUUUUUAUUAAUGAUGGGAACAAUAUUUUCAAAUAUAUGUUGUCGAUUAAUUGUUGCACAAAUGUCAGAUACAAGAACGGAUGGUUUUAAUAUAUUUCUGUGGCCAUUAUGCGCAGUGGUUAUAAUAUGUUGUUUUCCAUUCUAUCAGUAUUUUGGUACGGAAUUGACAGCUGAUACCGAACGAUGGAUAUUACACGGUUUAACAUUAUUUGUAACAAUUGCACAUAUACAUUAUGGUCAAGGAAUUGUGUGUGAAAUGUGUGAUCAUUUUAAUAUAAAAUGUUUCAAAGUAAGAAAAAAUUUAAAUAAAAUAAAUAGUUCUAAAGAAUUAUUAAUUGACAAUAAUAAUAAGGAUUGUAGUAAUGGUAUAAAAAAUAAAAGAUUGGAAUGACAUUAUCAGAAUAUUUAAAUUAUUUAUUAAUUUAAAGCAUAAAAAUAGUUAUAUUUUACUAUUUAUUCUGAUAAUUUAGUUUCACUUGUUAUAAUUAUACUUACAAAAAUUCUAACAUCAAGGGUGAUUUUAUCAAGUUUAAUUUUUAAGUAAAUGUUAGUUUAAGUUCUAUAUAUUCGGACUAAUUAUAAAAUACUAAAGUGAAAUUGUUUUGAUUUUGUGUUUGGUAAUAUUUAUAAAUUGAUAUUCUAUUUAUUAAAAUUAUUAAAAUUGAAAUUGUAGAAAAUUAUUGAUAUUUUAAAUUGAUUGAAUAUUUGAAUCUAUUAUAUAUUAAUAUAACAAUAAUAUGUAAACGUUGGGUUUGUAAUAUAACAAUUUAUAUGAUAAUAAUAUGGAAAUGUUUAUGUUCAAUUAAUGUAAUAUUGUAUGCUGUUUAUUAAAUGUAUACAUAUAUUUAAUUAACAUUAAAAAUAUACUUUUAUUUUUUAAUUAAAUAAGAUUGGUAAAUAAUUACAUGCACGUAUAUAACAGGUAUCUAGGUAUAUAUAAAAAUUUAAUGUAAAAUUUUAAAAAUAUAGGCAUUAUUUUUUGUAAAAAUGUUGAAAAUUUACAAAAUUUAUUUGUGUAUACAAAAAUAUAAUUUGAAUAAGAAUAGUAGCUGUCUUGCUAAGAAUUUAAAUUUUACAUUAUAACAUUAAGCAACAUAAAUAUGUUAUGUAUUUAUAUGUAUACAGAUCCGGUUCUGACUUUUUCGUCCGAUUCGUUUCGAGUCCAAAAAACUCGGUUUCCAAAGUAUGCUCUCGCGCUUUGAAAGUUAUGAACAAUAUAUAAUAAACAUUUCACAUUGCGCUAGUCUAGUCUAAUGAAUGGUUUAAUGAUAUAUAGAAACCAUAUAUAGAAAAAGUUUUUAGAUAAGAAUAUUGUCACAACUGUGUUGGACUAUGUUCCUAAAAAUUGCAAUAAAUACAUCAAUUGCUGUAAGAAGUAUAUUUCUAUAUUUAUGACAAUUUCUGAUUGAAUGAUACUAAAUAAUAUUUUGUUUGAAAAUCUCUCAAUUUCUUUGAAUAAAAUGGCUUCGAAUUUUACUUGGAAAUUUUCUUAAUCAAUUUAAAUUAACAAUAAUUUAUUAAUAUAUAUGUACGUAAGUUAAUAUGCAACUAUCAAUAAUAUUGUUUUAAAGUAUAUGUUGAGCAAAUAUUUUUCUAUUUAAAAUAUAAUUUAUAUUUAAAAAAAAUAUAAUUUUAAAAUUCAUUGUCUCGAAAAUUUUUUAAAACUUAUUCAAAUACAAGCACAUAAAUAAAAUAAUGUAUGAGUGCAUUUAAUGAAUUUUUGUAUGAACUAAGAACAAAAUAAUUAUCUUUAAAAAUAAAUAAUUGAUUCUAUGUAUGCCCUGUAAUAUGUAAAAUAUAUAUACAGAGAUAUAGUUUAAAAAUUUAAUUAAGUUAUUGUUAUUACUUAUAUAUUUAAUAAAAUUUAUUUUAUAAUUUAAUUAUGAACAUAUGUAUGGGUGAUUAAAAAAUAUAAUAAUUAAUUUUACAGGAAAUAAAAUAUUUAAUUUUCAGUUCCUUUAGAAAUUAGAUAAUUUUAAACGUAUUUAUUAAAUAUUUGUUAAAUAUUGUUGUUUUAAUAAUUAUAUAAUUUUAAAGUUUAUGUUAUGCAUGUUAUAAUUGAAAUUUUUUAAUAAAAUAUUGCAUGAGUAUAGCAUACUAAAAAUAUAGGGAACUCAAUUUGGAGAAGAUGAAAGUUAUAAAAUGAAAUAUGCAUAAUAAAAUUAUAUAAAAAAAUUGAAUAAAUUAAUUUUAAAAAUUGAAUAAAUUUGAAUUGAAUAAAUUAAUAUUUACUAUGUAAAAUUAACUAAAAAUGUAAUUGUAAUUUUAAAAAUCGAAUAUGUUUGUCCUAAAAAAAGGUAACAAUUAAACAGCAUGUGAUUAAUUUAUAGAAAUAAAUAUAUUCUAUAGUUAAAUUCAUUUAAUACAAUAAUUUUUUAAAUUAAAGUAAUUUUCUGAUAGCUGCAAUUAUUUAUUCCCUAAG